CCAGUGUACAAGAAAAAGGUACAUCUAAAUGCUGUCCUCCUAGUUAUGCUGACAGUGAUAAAUGAACAUAUAUCAGUACUGUCAGAUCUGCUGUCAGGAGUUGCUCUCACAGGUCACGUCCACGCUAACAUCAGUGUACCCAUUUAACCUGUAAUAGCAACAUAUGUAAGUGUUAUAGAAAUGACUUGCAUGGUGCUUUGUUUGUCUGAUGAAAUCUCCUAUCCAGUGGUUGACAAAGCAUUCAAACCUACUUUCCCCUCAGGUUUAUUGUAAUUGCCACAUGUAGAACACUUUACAUGUUGUGAUCCCUGGUAAUUUUGCCAAAAUGUCUUCCCUAUUUUCACAUGAUUACCAGGUUUAAACGCAUGUAAAGUAUUUUACACGCAGUAAUUCUAAUGAAUCUGGAAGGGUGAAUAUUUUGGGGGGCUUUGUUGCUUGUGGGAUCCCUACUGCUGCUCUUGAACAGCCCUAUGAAUUUUCUGAAGGCAAAUUACCAGCUCACAGAUAAGCCCUUCGUAUAAUGUGCUGCUUCUCAAAGCCUGAAAAAUUAAUGAAACUGCAAAAAAAUGAAAUAAAUAAAUUGCAUUCAUUGUGAACAAAAGUAACCUGACUUUUAAGGGUUUUGAAAGUAACUCAGGGUUCACAUUCGUUAAUUUAAAAAAAAAUUCUGGAUUCAGUACGUCUGUAGUUCUUACUACACUUUCUUUGUAAGAGAAAACUUGCCAGGCUGCAUAUGUGCUUAUUUACUGCUAUAUUAAAAUAUGCUUGUUAGGACUUGUAAAUUCAUGCAGCUGGAGAUAACAGUGGAGAAUGAUUAUACAUCAGUGAACUGGCAGGAAAAGGCAGUAAGGAUCUGAAACGAAACAGAAAGUAUGAUUUUUCAGUGAAGGGCAGGAACAGGAAGAAAAGAUCUGAAUCAAAACAAGUAUGAUUUCAACACACUAGUUCAAACGGCUGCAAGCACUUGGAAAGACUGUGGUUCUUUACAGUUGAAUUGCCAUUGGCUACUGUACUGUUUCAUGGAGAAUAAUGCUCAAAAGCAGAACAUCAGGCAACCAGAACUUUCUCAGAAAUUCAAGAAGUAUAGGAAGAAGAGAAAGAUUCCCAGGAGUAUAUUAACAUCAUCCAGCCUGUCUGUGACGUGUGGCAGUAAAGUGGGCAUACUGCACAAAGAUAAACUGCAUGGAGGGUCAAACAAGUGCAUCUUAUCAAAUGGGACCUGGAUGACACCUAAUGAAUUUCAAAAACAUGGAGGAUGUCAGAGUUACAAAAACUGGAAAAUUAGCAUCAGAUGUGAAGGCUUUUAUCUUAAAGACCUAAUCCGGCUAAAGUACCUGGAAGCUCCUCAGACUUCAAAAUCAAAAAAGAAUCUGGAAGCUCCUGAAUUUCCUCAAUCUUCAAAAGCACUAAAGAACCUUAAUACUCCUGAAUUUCCUCAGACUUCAAAAGAAGUCAGCAAUGAAGAUUCUUAUUCUGAUGACAAAAAACCAGUGGAGUCAGCCCCAUCUGUUGUACCUGUACAAUACACUCUGCCUGUGUCAUGUGGAGCUUUGGAAGGGACAUUGCAUAUACACCGGUUUGGACAAGGUAACUGUGGAAAAUGCAUCCGAACUGCCAAUGGAUGGUACACUCCUGUACAAUUCCUGACUCUCAGUGGAGUCCCAGACUCUAGCACCUGGGACGCACAUAUCUAUGUAAGAGGGGAGCCGCUAAAUACUAUGUUCCAGAAUCUCCUAAGUUUGCACAGUGCUGGUUGUUGCUGUGAUAUUUGCACCGACUGUGAAUCCUUACAACAAAAUGAUGAUGAGUGCAGUGUGUGUGGCGAUGGGGGGGACCUGCUGUGCUGUGAGGAAUGUCCCCGUUCAUUUCACAGCAACUGUCACGUGCCAUCCACAUCAGAGGCAAAGUCCUCAAGUGAAUCUUGGAUUUGCACAUUUUGCAAGAUGCAGCAGAUGCGGAUGCACAGUGAACCUCAGCAGCUGCUGAGCUGCCAGUACUUUCUGCUCCACGUUCUCUGUGACCCCAACAAUGAGCUUUCUGUAAUUCAGAGCAAGCCCAAGGAACUGGACCUUCUGAAGCAGCGACUGCAUCGAAUGGAAGGUGGCAGUGGGGAAUGCCCUUGGAACUUCAUCUCUGAUGUCAUUCUGGCAGUUUUAGGAGCUCACCCUCACCAGAAGAAAGAGAGGCUGCGAGGCCUGCUACAAGAAGAGUUCAGUCAGCUGAUGCUUUCCUGAACAGCCUUUUUCAUCACUUCACUCAACGGUCCAGGAAACUCCAACCUUGCAGUAGUUUCAUUUACUAGUUACAUUACUAUUAUUUCUUUUAUUUAAUGCUAAGGCUAUCAGUUGUGAGGAAAUUGCAAAGAGAAUUGCGGAGUCAACACAGCAGAUUUCCAAUAUGCAAUAACAUGUUUGACAGCUUGGCAUAUCCAUGUACUAUAGUUGACACCUGUACUAUUGUUAUAUAUCCCCUAUAUGAUAACUGUAUUUUUGUAAUAUUUUGUUAAUAAAAUAUUAAAGACCAAAUAAAGAAAUGUGUAAUUAGCAUUACAAGGUAUAAUAAACUUGCACACAGGUUACAGGAUCAUGUUUAAAGUGCUUAGCAAGCCCUCACUAAUGGUGGAGGAAUAGAUUUGAUCAACCUUCUUGAUACUUUAAGGUUUUAAAGACAUGGGAAGGAAUGGCAUUAUAGACUAGAGCAGUGCUGCCCAAUUUAUUACAAGUAUUGGGCCAAUUAUAUCUCAUACAGCAUGUUCGAGGGCUGGAUUACAUAAAAAUUAUGAUGUUGUUCAGUGAAUAAUGCUGAGUGAAUCUGUCCUAUUUCGCUUCACUGAAAAUUUCACUGAAGAAAAAUGUGGGCGUUUUCUCAUUUUCUUAUUCUCUAUAGUUCUUCUAACUUUAUGUUUGUUAUGCUAAAAAUUAUUUGCUAUUGAUAACUCUAAUAAACAUUUCUCUUU